GCGAGUCACGCCCGCUGAAGUCGGGCAGCAGGAGUCAGAGUCGCGCGCGCGGUGAGUCGUCGGUCGCGGGGAUGGAAGCGGCGGAUAAGCGGUGAGCGGCAGCGGCUUCGUGAUGCGGCGGUGUGUGACUUUACUACUGAUCGCACUGACGGCGGGCAUGAGCGUGGCACUACAGAUCCAGUGCUAUCAGUGUGAAGACGUUAGGCAGGAUGACUGCACCUCGCCAGAGUUCAUCGUCAACUGCACAGUAAACGUGCAGGACAUGUGUCAGAAGGAAGUGCUGGUCAUGGAGGAUGGGAUUCACUACAGGAAGUCAUGUGCGUCGUCAGGGGCAUGUCUGAUAGCGUCGUCAGGCUACCAGCAGUUCUGCACGGGGAAGCUAAACUCUGUCUGCAUCACCUGCUGCAACACGGCGCUCUGCAAUGGCCCACGGCACAAGCGGAGAGCAGCAUCCCACGCCUGCUCCACACCCUCCAUCAGCCACUACAUCGCCCCACUGCUCUGCCUCUUCCAGCUCUACCUCUGCUCGCACUGACCAGCACACGUCUGAUGUGUGUGUGUG